UGACGUCACAUUAGUUGCCGGCGGUGACGCCAUCCCCCGGCGCCGACAGUGUGGUGUCGCGCCCAGGUCUCCCUCACGCGGCGGCGGCGGCAGCGGCGACAUGGCGGAGGCGGCAGCCGGAGUGGGCCGCUUCAAGUCCAACUAUGCUGUCGAGCGCAAGAUCGAGCCUUUCUACAAGGGCGGGAAGGUGCAGCUGGAUCAGACUGGGCAGCACCUCUUCUGUGUCUGUGGCACCAGAGUCAACAUCCUGGAUGUGGCCUCGGGGACUAUGCUGCAGAGCCUGGAGCAGGAGGACCAGGAGGACAUCACUGCCUUUGAUCUCAGCCCCGAUGACAAGGUGCUGGUGACAGCCAGCCGGGCACUGCUGCUGGCUCAGUGGGCCUGGCAAGAGGGCAGCAUCACCCGCCUGUGGAAGGCAAUACACACAGCCCCUGUGGCCACCAUGGCCUUUGACCCCACCUCCACGCUGUUAGCCACAGGCGGCUGUGAUGGGGCUGUGCGUGUCUGGGAUGUCGUGCAGCACUAUGGGACACACCACUUUCGGGGCUCACCGGGUGUCAUACAUUUGGUGGCCUUCCACCCGGACCCCGCACGCCUGCUCCUAUUCUCCUCAGCCGCAGACACCAGCAUCCGCGUGUGGUCGCUGCAGGACCGGUCGUGCCUGGCCAUGCUGACUGCCCACUACAGCGCUGUCACUUCUCUGACUUUCAGUGCCGAUGGUCACACCAUGCUCAGCUCAGGCCGUGACAAGAUCUGCAUUGUUUGGGACCUGCAGAGCCUCCAGGCCACAAGGACCGUGCCGGUGUUUGAGAGUGUGGAGGCUGCAGUUCUGUUGCCAGAGGAGCCGGCGCCGGAGCUGGGUGUGAAGUCUGCGGGCCUGCACUUCCUGACAGCUGGCGACCAAGGCACACUGCGCGUGUGGGAGGCAGCCUCUGGGCAGUGUGUCCAUGCACAACGGCAGCUGCCAGGUCCCGGGCGGGAGCUGACCCACUGCACCCUGGCCCGAGCCGCUGGCCUGCUCCUCAGCGUCACUGCUGACCACAACCUGCUUCUCUAUGAGGCCCGCUCCCUGCAGCUGCAGAAACAGUUUGCCGGCUACAGUGAGGAGGUGUUGGACGUCCGGUUCCUCGGGCCCAAGGACUCCCACGUUGUGGUGGCCUCUAACAGCCCCUGCCUGAAAGUGUUUGAGCUGCAGACGUCCGCCUGCCAGAUUCUCCACGGCCACACAGAUAUUGUCCUGGCCCUAGAUGUGUUCCGGAAAGGGUGGCUCUUCGUUAGCUGUGCCAAGGAUCAGAGCAUCUGCGUCUGGAGGAUGAACAAGGCAGGCAAGGUGGCCUGUGUGGCUCAGGGUUCUGGACACACACACAGCGUGGGCACCAUUUGUUGCUCAAGGCUGAAGGAGACCUUCCUGGUGACGGGCAGCCAGGACUGCACUGUGAAGCUGUGGCCCCUCCCUGAAGCCCUGCCAUCCAAGAGCACAGGCCCCGAUGGUGGACCUGUCCUCCUACAGGCCCAGGCCACGCAGCACUGCCACGACAAGGACAUCAACAGUGUGGCCAUCGCCCCCAACGACAAGCUGCUGGCCACGGGGUCACAGGACCGCACGGCCAAACUCUGGGCCCUGCCACAGUGCCAGUUGCUGGGCGUCUUCUCGGGCCACCGGCGUGGCCUCUGGUGUGUCCAAUUCUCGCCCAUGGACCAGGUGUUGGCUACGGCCUCGGCCGAUGGCACUGUCAAGCUCUGGGCACUGCAGGAUUUCAGCUGCCUCAAGACGUUCGAGGGACAUGAUGCUUCUGUGCUGAAGGUGGCAUUUGUGAGCCGCGGCACACAGCUGCUGUCCAGCGGCUCUGAUGGGCUUGUGAAGCUUUGGACCAUCAAGAACAAUGAGUGUGUGAGGACGCUGGACGCCCACGAGGACAAGGUCUGGGGUCUGCACUGCAGCCGGCUGGAUGACCAUGCCCUCACCGGCGCCAGCGACUCUUGCGUCAUUCUCUGGAAGGAUGUGACCGAGGCGGAGCAGGCAGAGGAGCAGGCCAAGAGAGAGGAGCAGAUGGUCAAGCAACAAGAACUGGACAACCUGCUCCACGAGAAGCGGUACCUGCGGGCGCUGGGCCUGGCCAUCUCUCUAGACCGGCCCCACACUGUGCUGACUGUCAUCCAGGCUAUCCAAAGGGACCCCGAGGCUUGCGAGAAGCUGGAAGCCACGGUGCUCCAACUGCGGCAAGACCAGAAAGAGGCCUUGCUGCGCUUCUGUGUCACGUGGAACACCAACUCACGGCACUGCCACGAAGCCCAGGCCGUGCUGGCCGUGCUCCUGCAGCAUGAAGCCCCGGAAGAGCUGCUGGCCUACGACGGUGUGCGGGCCUCACUUGAGGCCCUGCUGCCCUACACUGAGCGGCACUUUCAACGGCUCAGCCGGAUGCUGCAGGCAGCCACCUUCCUGGACUUCCUAUGGCACAACAUGAAGCUGCCCACCCUCCCCGCGGCCCCCGCGGCCCUCUGAAACACACCAAAACAUGUACUUUGCUAUCUCA